AUGAGUUUUGACACGGAUAAAUUUAUAUCGGAAAUACAAUCCCGAAAAGCUAUUUGGGAUUUACAAAGUGAGGAAUAUGCUAAUCGGGAUUUGAAGAAAAAACAGUGGGAAGAAAUAGUGGAGUUAUUUGGAGGUGAAGAAUUAUCAGACGAAGAAAAAAAAACUCAGGUAAUUGAAUCGCAAUCCUUUCAAGAAGAACAAGAUGAGGACAGAAUGUUCCUGAUGUCCCUAUUAUCAUCAUUUAGGGCAAUUCCGGAGCACAAAAAGUCAGCUGCGAAAAUUCAAUUAAUCAGUGUAAUCGAAUCAUUCCGAUCCUCUACUCAAAAUAAUAUAUAUCCAAACACAAUGUGGCGAAAUUUUAAUGAGUACGAGUAUGAGCGUGGUUACUUCACACCGGAGGCCGGGCGUUCAACAGCACCAAGUCAACAAUCACGCCCUGAAGCACAACAUUAUUAUACGCUACCAACUUCAACUCCUUCAGAACGUGAACGCCCAGAGUCGCGAUUUUCUACUGUCACUUCAAAUACCUCGCAAGAUUCUGACAUUUUGGAUCUAUUUUGA